AUGAGGAAAACCUCCGAGGAUUGUCUCACUUUGUCUCCAGACUGGAAAGUAGAAGAUGAGGACAUCACACAGUAUAGUCCAGGAGAAAACCCGGCUCCCUCCAAUGUCCAUCCGGCACCACCCAGUGUAGAUGGACCAUCGGAUUCCUUGUAUCCUGAGGACGGUCAGACUGUGCGGGACCGGGCCGGCCUUCUAACAGGGAAGAGCUUCUCCUGUACUGAGUGCGGGAAGGGUUUCCGUUCUAAAUCCCAUCUUAAUGUGCACAAAAGAUCUCACACAGGAGAGAAGCCGUAUUCCUGUCCUGAGUGCGGGAAAUGUUUUUCACAGAUAUCCAAUCUUUACAUUCAUCAGAGAUCUCACACAGGGGAGAAGCCGUAUUCCUGUUCUGAGUGCGGGAAAUGUUUUUCAUCCCAUCUUAAUGUGCAUGAAAGAUCUCACACAGGGGAGAAGCCUUCUGAAUGCGGGAAAUGUUUUUUAGAGAAGUCCAAACUUCAUAGUCAUCAGAGAUCUCACACGGGGGAGAAGCCGUAUUCCUGUCCUGAAUGUGGGAAAUGUUUUUCAGUGAAGUCCCAUCUUUACAGACAUCAGAGAUCUCAUACAGAUGAGAAGCCGUAUUCCUGUCCUGAGUGCGGGAAAUGCUUUUCAGUGAAGUCUCAUCUUUACAGACAUCAGAGUUCUCACACGCGGGAGAAGCCUUAUUCCUGUCUUGAAUGUGGGAAAUGUUUUUCAGUGAAGUCCCUUCUUCACACACAUCAGAGAUCUCAUACAGAUGAGAAGCCGUAUUCCUGUCCUGAGUGCGGGAAAUGCUUUUCAGUGAAGUCCUAUCUUUACAGACAUCAGAGAUCUCACACGGGGGAGAAGCCGUAUUCCUGUCCUGAGUGUGGGAAAUGUUUUUCAGUGAAGUCCAAUCUUAACACACAUCAUAGAUCUCACAUGAGGGAGAAGCCACUUUCCUGUCCCGAGUGA